AUGUUUCUUUCACCAAACUCCGCCGUCUGGGCGUUAUUGUUUUUUACAGUCGGUUCUCUCAGUACAUUGGCACUCUUUAUUAUUCUCCCCGUUUCUCCAUUAAAGUCAGGUGGAGCUCAUCAUGUAGGUAUUCGUCAUUUAUCCCGUAAUCUUGCUGUAUACUAUCCUACCUUUAUUAAACCCAUUGAAGGAGAACCUUGGCUUCCUGGUAAUGAUACACGUUUUAUUUAUACGAUGGCGAAACAAGCUGGUGUACGAUCUCUCUGGUUAAAACAUUUAAAACUUGUUCGCAUUCCAUGUACUCGAAAUGCAAGUGUUGUUUCCUUAAUGACCCACAAGGGAGAACCACGACAAGUAUUUAUUAUUAGUCACGCCGUUGGGACACAUCAUUUAUCUUAUUCUGAUCUCGCCUUAUCAUUAGCUUCAUGUGGGGCAUUAGUCUAUACUGUUCUUCAUUCGGACAAUACAGAUAUGAGUGGUAGGAAAAGCAGAAGUGGUUCUCUCGUAACGAAUGGGGAAGAUUGUUUACAAGAUCGAAAUUUAAUUCAUGAACGAUGGAUGACACAGUUAAACAAACGUGUAGAGGAUGUUAUUCAUGCUAUUGAAGGAUUUUCAAAAGGAGAAAUGCUACAACAAUUGCAAGUAAGACCAUCCGAAUGGCAAACAUUCCUCUCUUCAGGAGCUAAAGUGAAUCUUAUUGGACAUGGACUUGGGGCUUUAACCAUGUUAGCAGUGGCUUUCAAAGCUCCUCUCUCUAUUACACAGAUGAUUGGAUCUAUUACAGCAAUGGAUGUUUGGCCGCUAAGUCUUGUGGAUGAUUUAACUCGUGGACAACAAUCUAUUCCAACACAUAUUCGUAUACAACUAAUGGAUUCUGAAGAGUGGAGUAAACGCCGGGAACAUAGUAUGCAGGAAGAAGAACUAAAGGAAUUUCUCACCUCUUCUGGAGUUUGCUGUAUCCGCACAACACAUAUUGGGACAGAUCAUACAAGUGUAACGGAUAUGGGUUUAUUAAUUCCAGUCACGAAAAGAAAACGAUUUGCUUCGAAAAAAUCCUCAACUUUUAUACCGUUAGUGGCGAAAGAAAUCAUGCGUUUCGCUCAGGGAUGUGAUAAUGAAACCACUACAAGUCUGGUGUAG